AUGAAGACCCUUUUCCUGCUAAUCGUCUUCUGGGGAUUAUCCUGUGCUCUUCCUGUCACCAGAUAUCUAAACACAGACUCUGAGAGUUCUGAAGAAUUGAUGGAUCACUUGACUCUGACACCACCUCUGUCCUUGGAGAGUAGUGAGUCAUCAGAAGAAAGUAAAGAUAGCUCAAAGGAACAGACGAAUGAGGAUAAAAUGGACUACAGUGACAGUACUGAAUCAGAGGAAGACUUGGACCUUACUGAUCAAGGGUCUGUAUAUCGACAAUCUGACAGCUCCCUUAAGAGUGGAAUAAAAGAAGAUGAUAAGAAUGAUGAUGAAGAUGACAGUGGAGAUGACACUUUUAUUGAUAUAGACAAUGGCCAGGGCUCCAUGGAAAGGCAUCAACAAGAAGGUGAUGAUUCUGACACCACUCUACCCAAUGAAAAUAGUACUGCAGAUGGGGAAGAUGGCAAUCAUGAUGUGGUCAGUGAUGAAAGCAGUCAGAGUGAGAGCAGAAGCCUUGAAGAAGAAAAUGAAAGUCAUGGGGUAGAUAUCCAUGACAGCAAAAGUGAUGAGUACACUGUGGAAGUAGGAAGUGAAAAAAGCUACAGCAAUUCCAGAGAUGAUUCUGCUUUAGAUGAGGAAGGAAUGCAAGGUGAUGACCCAGACAGCAUUAUGAGUGAGAUAAGCAAUUCCAGAAUGACUGGUCAUAGUGUCAACUCGAAGAAAAAGAUUCAGAAGACGAGACAUUGGGAUGGGAACAGAAAAGAGUCUGAUGUGAGCCAGUUGGUGGGGCAGUUUAACAGAAAGUCUUUCCAAAAGGCCCGCAUCUCAGAAGAUGAUUGGGAUGAAAACGAUAGCAACACCAUGGAAGAAACCAUGAGUGACUCCACAGAGAAGAGUCAAUCCAGUGAAAAUGGUCAAUCUAAUGAGAACAGCAAAAGCAAAUCUCAAGAAGAUAGCAACAGUCAGUCUCAGGAAGACAGCCAAACUGUGAGGGAUCUUAGCAGUGAGUCUAGACCUCGUGACAGUGAUGAAUCCUAUGAAAAACAAAGUAAAUCCAAGGAAGAAAAUGAAAAUGUUUCAAGGGGAGAUAACCCUGAUUCUGAUGGAAAGAGUGCUGGCUUAUCUGAAGAUAAUAAGGAAGAUAGUAGUAGUUCCUCAGAAGAGGGUGACCUCAACAAGUCCUCCAAAUCAGACAGUGAAUCUGAAGAGGCACAAAGUGACAGUGAAUCCAAUGAGAGUGAGAGUCCCUCAGUGGAAAGCAAGGAGUCAAGUGAGGAAAACAGUUCUAACCAGGAGAGCUUCCAGUCUCAGAGCUCAUCAGCAGAGAGCCAAAGUGUCUCCAAGGAAGACAGUGGGGAAAGCAGUUCUGAACAGUUACAAGAAGAGGAAAAUAGUCAAUCUGAAGAAGAUGCCAGAGGACUUCAGGAAAAUAGUAAGCUUAAAGAAAAUGAGAGUUCCAGUGAAAGUAGAUCAGUCAGCAAUGAAGAGAGCUUGUCUAGAAGCAUUGAGGUAGAAAGCAGAAAGCUGACAGUUGACAUGUAUCAUAACCGACCCACUGGAGACCAUGAUGACAAUGACUGCCAAGAUGGCUAUUAG